AGCUGCACCAGAUUUUGCACUCUCCAGUUUGAGCAAAUCUCCUCCUUUAUCAAGCUGUCUGGAUGAUGGAUUUUUUUUUCAGAGACUUCUAAUGGCUUCUGAGCAAAAUCCCAUAAGUGGCGGUGUAAUACACGAGAAUGAACACAAGGGGGAACCAGAGAUACAUGCAGCCAUAUCAGAGAUUGCUGCAGAGGGACAGGGACCAGAAUGGGGGACAGUUGGGGCAGCUUUAGGCGAGACUGGGCAAGAAACAACCAGGCAAAGACAGGAGAAGAGCAGAGAGGAAGAAGAGAAUGAAAGGACUGACAGAGAGCUCUCGGAGACCAUUGAGAAGUUGGAUUCAGUGUUACUGGAGGCUGGAGAAAAAGAGGUGCAUGUAGAGGGAGAUGGGACGGAUAUAAACACAACAGGAGAGGUGAGUGCAGCAAUAGAAAAGACCGCUGGGUCAGAGAAAGAGACCCCUGUGCAGGUGCCAGGAGGGGAGCCCCUUGUGCAGGUGUCAGGAGGGGAGACCCUUGUGCAGGUGUCAGGAGGGGAGCCCCUUGUGCAGGUGUCAGGAGGGGAGCCCCUUGUGCAGGUGUCAGGAGGGGAGCCCCUUGUGCAGGUGUCAGGAGGGGAGCCCCUUGUGCAGGUGUCAGGAGGGGAGCCCCUUGUGCAGGUGUCAGGAGGGGAGCCCCUUGUGCAGGUGUCAGGAGGGGAGCCCCUUGUGCAGGUGUCAGGAGGGGAGCCCCAUGUGCAGGUGUCAGGAGGGGAGCCCCUUGUGCAGGUGUCAGGAGGGGAGACCCUUGUGCCAGAAGGGGAGCCCCUUGUGCAGGUGCCAGGAGGGGAGCUUCUUGUGCAAGUGCCAGUAUGGGAGCCCACUGUGCAAGUGUCAGGAGGGGAGACGCUUGUGCAGGUGUCAGGAGGGGAGCCCCUUUUCCAAGUGUCAGGAGGGGAGCCCCUUGUGCAAGUGUCAGGAGGGGAGCCCCUUGUGCAAGUGUCAGGAGGGGAGCCCCUUUUCCAAGUGUCAGGAGGGGAGCCCCUAGUGCAGGUUCCAGGAGGGGAGCCCCUAGUGCAGGUGCCAGGAGGGGAGCCCCUUGUGCAGGUGCCAGGAUGGGAGACCCUUGUGCAGGUGCCAGGAUGGGAGCCCACUGUGCAAGUUCCAGGAGCGGAGCCCCUUGUGCAAAUGUCAGGAGGGGAGCCCCUUGUGCAAGUGCCAGGAUGGGAGCCCCUUGUGCAAGUGUCAGGAGGGGAGCCCCUUGUGCAAGUGUCAGGAGGGGAGCCCCUUGUGCAAGUGUCAGGAGGGGAACCUGCUGUGCAAGUGCCUUCGGCAGAGGGCACUGCGCAGGUACCAGAAGACGAGGUCGCUGUGUAUGUAUCAGUAAUGAUGACCCCUGUUAAAGAGGCAGAAAGGGAGUCAGUAGGGGACACUACUUUGCAGGUAUCAGAAGAAACAAGUCAGGUGACCAAUAGGUCAGCAAGCCAAGAUCUAGGUUUACAAGUGACAACAGAAGAGGAUGUAAGCUCCUGUCCUGCAGAGGGGACAGGUAUUGGCAUGUAUGAGAGUGUAACACAGGUAACUAAAGCAGGCGAGGCAUGGAUAGACACCCUGGUAAAAAACAUAGUGACAGAGGUGACAUCACAUGGCACCAAAGCAGGUGAAGCACCGACUGACAAUCAGGCACCGGUAUUCAAAGAAUGUUCAGAUUCCAGCAGUGAGAUGACGGAGGAGGGGGGGCAUUCCUGUGCAGGCAGGACAACAAUCCCCGACCGUGAACAGGUGACAUUAGAGGAGACAGGUGCAGCUGUCCCGGGGACAGGUAUACCGGCUCAGGUGUCUUAUGACAUAACUGUGCAGGAGGAGGGGGAGGUGACCGGUUCUCCAGGACAGACAGGUAGACAACAGGUAGGACUAGAAGGGGUCACAGCCAGUCUCACAGAGCAGGAAACAGCUGCUGAAGUGGAAGCAGAUAGACCGGUAAAAGCCUCAGGUGAGGAAGCACACGGGGAAGUGACACCUGAUCUGAUGACUGUCCCCAGCAGGGAGGGGACAGCAGAUCCAGGACACCCAGUAGCAUGCCGGGAGAAGGAGUGGCCGCCUCUUAUUUGCACUGGCAUUGAGGUGAGGGCAGACACAGCUGAGCAGAGAGACACACAGCAAGGGAUAGUGCCUGAGAAGGAACUGUGUCCAGGUGAACCAGACAUGAAGGACAGGGAGAUGGUAGAAGAUGGGGUCACCCUGACCCCUGAGACCCCCAUAGAAAGAGAAAUCCGCCUGAGCAUGGAAAGAGAGACGACGCUGCGCCAGGAAAGGGGCAUCAGCGUGCAUGUUGGGGAGCCAGAGCUGGUGGAGGUGCGCAGGAAGACAAUGGCGGUGGAGCCGGUGGCGUUGCCCGGUAAAGAGCGCCAGUUGGCGGGGGCACAGAUGCAAAGAGAGAUCCAGCUGGAGACCCAAAGAGAGCAAGACCUGGUGGACCAGGGCAAAGUGAUGGGCACGUAUGACCGCGGACCCCAACAGGAGCUGCAGGAGAAGAAAAUGAUGUUUGAAAGCAUGAACACAGAGUCUUCAGACGUCCCUUUAAAAAGAUGGCAAAGUGAAAUUCAGAAGUCUGAUUCCAUUGAAGUUCUAGUAGAAGUUCCUGCACCAUCCAAUCAUGUGUUUUCAGCGGCUCCUGCUGCAGAAGUUAAGAAAGGCCCAUCAUAUGCUGAGGCUAAUGGAAGCAACAUCAUCAUCAUAGAGCAUGCCUCUAUACUCCGGAAGUCUACUCCCGGCAAUGGCUAUAGUGCCACCCCUGCUGAUCUGCAAAGAACCUCCCCUGCAGAGUCUCGACGCUCCACCCCUGCAGAUCUUCGUUUUACUCGUCCAAGCUCAGGAAACUCUCCUGUCCCUAACUCUGAGCCCCCUGUUGCUGCUCCUGGCAGCCCCUUUCAGCUGCUCCGUUCACCCAGCCCACGCUCUUUACUGGAGAAAGAAAUAGAAGAAGUGCGGGAAAGAGAGAAGGAAUUACGGAAACAGAGAACAAGUAUCUAUGGGAGAGAUAACGACACAGAGGAGAAUCUCCAGAUAACAUCUGAUAACAGAAGUGACAUCCAAAGUGGAGUGUACCAGCCAGAGCGUCCAAACUGGGGAAAGCUGGAGGUGAACUGGCCCCCGAACAAAAGCAUGACCAUCAACGGGCAGCAGGAUCAGGCUUGGGACAGUCCACGUACACGGAGACAGCGCAGCUCCCUCAUCCAGAGCUGGGAGUCUGGUAACCCCAAUCCUGCGGAUGACAACUAGGGGAGAGGUCCAGAUGAGGACUGCUGGUACGGAACUUAUGAUAUUUGGACCUUUCCCUCCCCCUCCCCUCACAUUCACUACAAGAACUGCCAUCCUGCUGUAUCUUCAACCCUACAAAUGUUCUGACAUCGACCUGAUAUCGCUCGGACACUGGCCCUUAACUCAUACAUCACGUGAUCAGUAUCUAAUCUGCCAAUCAAGCUUUUGUAACCAAUAAAUUGUAUUUGUAAUAAAUUAUGGAAAAUUAA